AUGGAUCCGGUUAUCACCGAUCUCGUGUCGGGUGAUGCGCUACGGUUCAUCAAAAUAUACCAAGAUCUGGGCCUCAUUCACGCCCAAGCAGCCGAGUUUAACAGACACGUAUACAACCAUUGCUCCCGAAGUACGGAAGGCUCUUGGGACUGGCUAAGCGGGACUGGGCCUCUCGGUUUGAGCAUCUCCGGGUUCACCUGGGGCGCGCAUUGGUCGCGUACCUGGCUGGGAAUCGGCUGGAAGAAGCCCGGCAGCGAUGGGAAGAAGUACGAGGCCCUGCCCGAUACUGUGAGCAGCACGGCAAGGUUACGGGGGUUUGUCGAGAUGCUGAUCCAAUAUUCUCUGUGUGACAUCGCUGCUCGACGGGGGAAUAUGAAUGAAGCACAUCAAUUUCUCCGAGACGCGAAGGCCCGGUUUGCCCGCAUCGGACGAGAGCACUGGUGGACCUGUUUGGGCACCGCCCAGUUGGAUCUCUACACGCAGUCACUCUGCCAGCAUGACCUGAUAUCGGGGAUCGCCUCGUGA